CGCCCUCUGGCCGUCCGGGCUGCCAAGCGGUAGCCAUGACCGCGCGCGGGACCCCGAGCCGCUUCCUGACGAGCGUCCUCCAUAACGGGCUGGGUCGCUAUGUACAGCAACUGCAGCGCCUCAGCCUCAGCCUCAGUCGGGAUGCGCCCUCGUCCCGCGGCGCCAGGGAGUUCGUGGAACGCGAAGUGACCGACUUCGCCCGACGGAACCCAGGGGUCGUAAUCUACGUGAACCCGCGGCCGUGUGCGGUGCCUAGAAUAGUGGCCGAAUACCUUAACGGGACUGUGCGCGAGGAAAAUGUCAACAGCAAGUCGGUGGAGGAGAUCACGUCACUGGUGCAGAAGCUGGCGAACCAGUCCGGCUUGGAUGUGAUCCGCAUCCGCAAGCCCUUCCACACCGACAACCCUAGCAUCCAGGGCCAGUGGCACCCCUUCACCAACAAACGAACAGCCCUCGGCGGGCUGCGGCCCAGAGAACUCCAGGAUCCUGCUGCAGCUUUGGAACAAGCACAGUAAAGAACCAGGCUUUGGACCGUGGAAGCGAUGGCAUUGGUUCCUCUUUCGGAUUUCAAGCUCUGGCAAAUAAAUGAAACCUACCAGGGUGGGGAGGGGGCGUGGCCCGGGAUAAAGAAUCGCCGACUGCUACCAUUGCCCACUGCUAGAUACAGUGACCUAAUGAAUACACUCAUUCUGAUUCUGUUGACCUCCUUGCAACUGGAAUGUAAGAAGGCUUCCAAGUUCUAUACGGGGUCCUCGUUUUCUGAAAUCAAAAUUAUGAUUUCAAAACGCAGUGAAGGGUCUCAAGGUUGACUUCUGAAGAACCCGUGAUGCCUGUUGUUCUUGCUGUGGCCUGGCAUUGGGCAAGUCACCUUAUAUAUGUGAGUGUUUGUGUGCAGAUUGGAAAACUGAAGUCGCCGGGAGGUGGUGGCGGCACACACCUUUAAUCCCAGCACUCAGGAGGCAGAGGUAGGCGGAUCUCUGAGUUUGAGCUAUAGAGAAACCCUGUCUGGAAAAACAAACAGGAAAAAAGGAAACUGAAGUCAUUAAAACUUACCUAAUACCACA